UUUUGUCGAUAGCAGUCAGGGACUCUUCAGACGUGGCCUAUCAUUAGUGGUCGGACAUUGACCCUUGCGGGAGUGUGUAGUUAAAGUUGAACGAUAAACGAUAAACCGAUAAACGACCAUAUUCAUUAUCCGACGACUGUUGUUCCGGAGGCCUUACAUAACAUUUGACUCGGGUGCUUUUAGUUCAAUAGACGCUAAUACCAUCAUACUAGGCAUCGAGCGGGUGCCGUCGCAAUUCGGAUUUUAGAUGCUAUAAAACCAUGACACCCAUACGACGAUUAUUGAUCAUCAUCCGAAAUCGACUGCACUCGUCCACACAUCGAUCCUCAGGCUAGGUCACCAUCUGUGAUUAUAGGCUGCUACUACUUUCCGGUGUAGCUCAUUACUUUUCACAAACUCUCAGAUCAGCGUUCCCCAUCAUGACAUCAUCUGAAACGCAUCCAGGCGUGUACGAUCUCAUUGGCCUGGGGUUUGGCCCGGCAAAUCUUUCUGUCGCUGGAGCACUACUGGAACAACCAAGAGAGACCUGCCCGAUAUCUGUGAACAAAUCCCUCUUUAUCGAGCGACAUCAUGAAUUCAAAUGGCAUCCGGGUAUGCUUCUCCCAGGCACCCGUAUGCAGAUCAGUUUUUUGAAAGAUUUGGCGACAUUGAGGUCGCCACAAUCUCCUAUCACCUUCAUUGCAUACUUGCACUCCCAAAACCGUUUGGUGGACUUCAUCAACAGGGGGUGCGUUAGCCCGACGCGGAAGGAAUACUCAGAUUACCUUUCCUACGUCGCACGAUACGUGCAAGGUCAAGGCAUCAAUGUCGCGUAUGGCGAGAAUGUCAUUGCAAUCGAAGAAGGGGGUGAAGGUACCGUGCAGAUCCAUAGCAGGGUGCUCGCCACUGGAGAAACUAGAAUUCGUCGUGCAAAGAAUCUAAUCAUCUCGCCAGGAGGUUCACCAUGGGUUCCGAGGUGUAUUCAGAACAUUUCACCCCAUCCUCGCAUCAUUCAUAGCUCUGCGUACUUAUCUUCUGUAGAACCGAUGUUGGCCACGAUGUUGGCUACCCCUCGGCCACUCAAAAUUGCGGUUGUCGGUGCUGGGCAGUCCGCAGUAGAAGUACUGCUCGACCUUCAUUCACGGCUAACCAGCAUGGGUAAGAGUGCCGGCCAAGUGCACAACCUCCACCUCAUCAUUCGUGGUGGUUCGUUGAAUUCGAGCAAUACCGGUCCCUUUGCGAACCAGGUAUACAAUCCGGAACAUGUGGAUGUUAUGUACGGUUUGCCAAGCGAUUCUCGAAGAAAAGUGAUGGCAGAAUACGAGGCCACGAAUUACGGGGUUGUAAAUCCGCUUACGCUUGAUUCACUUUACGAAGUCAUGUACGACCAAAAAGUAGACGGCGACAUCGCUAAACGCCGAGGAAAUGCGCUCCCCAUGACCAGUGCACAUAUCACCAUCGUAACUUAUAGUAACCUAUCGUCAGCGGAGAUCAGCACACAUCCUUUGCAGGCCUCCGCAGAGAUGAAUACAGAUACACUUUCGGUUCUUCUACAGAAUACCCUCACACAAGAUGUCUCCGAGAUGACAUACGAUGCCAUUGUCUGCGCUACUGGCUACGAGCGAAAUUCGUGGCUGAACCUCUUGAGAUCAUCCAGCUUAGGCAAGCACUUCGGCUUGCGCGCUAGUUCAGACAAGACGCGCAUCUCUGUGGAACGCGAUUUUGGAGCGGCCACGAACGAGAAGAAUGGCGAUUUUGUCGUGACUACAAACGGAAAGAAUGGCACGUUUAAAGCGGCCGCGAACGGAAUAAAUGGACAUUCACAGACACCGGUCACGGGUACCAAUGCAGAGAGGAUACAUAUACCAUAUGCAUCUAUGGAUACCAAAGUUUCCGAUACACUCUAUGUAUCGCGACGUUACAGACUUCUUCCACUACCAACGGCUAGUGAUAAAUUUAUUCCAAAGAUCUAUUUGCAAGGUUGUGCAGAGGAAACGCAUGGGUUGACAGAGACACUAUUGAGUGUGAUGGGGAUUAGGGCAGGAGAGGUGGUGGAAGACUUGUGUUCGAAUCAUCAGAGAAUCUGAGGACCUGCACUUUGCAGGACACUUGUUUGGGGUAACGGCCACCCUGAUUUAGAUAUAGGACACUUUUGAUUGGUGGCUCAGACCGCUGAUGCAGGAGUUAUGGCUAGAAUAUUUGCGAGUCGUGUUGAAUAUGUCAGAAUUUUUAUAUGUAGCAGAUUAUAGAUCCGCGA